GAAAGGGGCGGUUCUAGUUUGACCGUUGAGUUUGACAGUCGCUAGCAGGCAUUGUUUUCUGCUCUGAUUUUUAAACGCUUGUUCAACUUUAAACCACUUUCUUUGUAACUAUGAGGGGGAGAAACAGUAGUAACGCCAGCAGGAGAAGCUCCACCAUAAGAAGACGCAGUGAGAACUUGCGUUUUGAUGAAUUCGGCUUUGUUCUUACUAAACGAAAGGACAAAAAACGUCAUCACCGAUGUCAUGAUUACAGCUACCCUCAGCUGAGCUCAGUGAGAGUGAAGGAGCUGUGUGAGCUGCUCAGCUACUGGAAUGGAGCCAGCUUUCUCUGCAAGAGCCAGAUUGAGCGAUUCAUCAGGAUGGGUAUUCCUCCGAGUCUGCGAGGUAGAGUUUGGAAGUGUCUCCUCACCAUCGACAGUCUGAGAGAUACCAGUGACUUCAACUACCAGAAGUGUUUGUUGGAGGUGCGAGGGCCCCUGGUGGACCUGGGAGUCAGUGAGUACGGCAUCCUGUCGGCCAUCACCACCCUGAGCGAAACCCAAAACGAUCUGGGUCUGAACCAGCAGCUCCCCCGCUGCCCCGAGCUCCGAUACUCUGCAGACGACAUCACGCUCUUCAGGCAGAUCGCACUGGACCUACAGCGCUCCUUCCCGACACACCGCUCUCUGAUGGGGGACAGCCCAGAGGCCAUCGAGGGUCAGGCUAAACUCUUCCGGGUCCUCAUCGCUUACGCCAAAUACAACUCACAGGUCGGAUACAGCCAAGCUGCUGUGCUGCUGAUGCAGUUGGGGGAGGAGGAGGCGUUCUGGGCUAUGACAGCGUUGUUGGAGAAACCCAAAUACCUGCCCCAGCUGUUCGACCUCAGCCUUACCAAGGUCCAGCAUCAGGUGAAGGUUUUCGACCAGUUUCUGAAACACAGGAAGCCGAAGCUCUCUCAGCACAUGGAGUCGGUGGGAGUCCUGUCAGUCCACUUUGUGAUGCCCUGGUUCCUCACACUGUUCACUUCCCUGCCCUGUUGGGACUCUGUGCUGGCUGUCUGGGAUCUUAUCAUUCUGCAUGGUCUGUCGGCUGUGUUCCGUACUGCUCUCACCAUCAUGGAGCUCUUGGAGCCUCGCCUGAUGGAGCUGAAUGAUGAGGGAGCAGUGUUACCCCUGCUGCUGAGAGUUCCUGUUGAUGUAGCCCAGUACUCCGUGUUGGUCCCUGCCCUGUGGAACACUGAGGUCCAGGACUGGGAGCUGAAAUGUAUCAACAGUCUGGUGUUGGAUGAGAGCCACCAUGGACCCAACGCAGAACAGAGUCAACCACAGAAGGCCACACCGCCAACCCCAGUCAACGGAGGUAAAGAAAAAGAAAAUGUAUCACCACCUUCAGAAGGAGAAAAGAAAACAGACUCAAUCACUGGAGCCAAAACCCUACUGAACAGGAUGAUGCGCAUGGCCCAGCGGUACCUGUUGGACCCAAUGGGAAGACAGAAGGCUGAAGAGAAGACUUCUCAAACACAGGCCAAGCCCAGACAGCGCGCUUCUACACUUGGACGAGUUUUCAAGGGUCGCAUCUCGGCUUCACUAACACAAGCUCAGAUGAGAGCCAAGAGGCAGAGCCAACUCAGAGGAAGGGCUGAGCAGGCGGGGGUGCAGGGGGGCAGUGGUGAUAUCACUGUGGCCCCUGUCACUGUGACAGAUACAGCUGGAAAUACUGACAGAUCCGAGCAAACCUUCAGGAGGACAUCUACAGGACCCAUUGGCAAGGGGGCCGGUCGCCGGAGCAACCACAGCCUUAAAAAUCCUAUGAGAGUCAAGUCCUUCAAUCUUCUGCUAAACAGCAGGAGCCCGCUGAGACAGACCCAUCCCUCCUCCUGUUCCUCCACCCUACCUCCAUCUUCUCCGGGUCCUCCAUCAUCCAAUGGUGCUCAGAGUGGGGAUCAGCAGAAAGACACACCCAGGACAGCUCUCAUCAAGUAA